AUGCGAGCAGCAUCGACGAUCCUCGCUUUCGAUUUGGACCUGCAGGCACGCCUGCCGCACUUCCCCGGUCCCAGCCGCCAGGCGGCGGAGUGGAAGGCGGAGCUGGGUCGCGGCACGGAGAACAUGCUCGACGAACUUUCGCCGCCGCAAUGGGGUAGCAGCUGGAUCGUUGUCCUCCUACUCCUCCAUCGACCCCCUGGACGACAACCACAAAGCACACAGCUGCCCUCGAAGAAC